CUGAAGCAGGGUCCACACAGAUUUACAAAGGGUUCAGCGACAGCGACACCUUUAUAACCACGCUCGCCAUUGAAGUCUCAUCACGCAAAACGAGAACAAAGGUAUAUUGGGGGCAAAUGAUCAACAUGGGCUUCUCACCAGCACACGUGGUUGAUGGAAUUGAACGGUGUAGUGUGCCUGGAAUGGAUUUGGCUCCGUUGCCCAGCAAUUUCUCUUGGCUUUCUUCUGACGAGGCUGCCUAGAAGCGUCCGCUCGGAGCAGUCGCUUGCAAGGGUAAAAGAAUCAAGUCCGAGCUGUGUGCUGCUUAGGCUAUACGCUCUUCAUUGGAGUCCAGGGGCACGAGUCCAAGGUGUACACACGCAGUUGGAUGGUGUGGAGGGCCUCUCUUCCAUCACCACGCCGGCUGCGUGGUCAAUUGAGUGCCCAAUGCCUGCGAGCGUAGCAGUGUAUCAGCUCCGUCGUCUCACCAUCCAUCGCUUGCUCCGUCUACACACACAUGGGUGGGGCGGAAACCACAUACAUGACCCUACAUCAACGUCUCCUUAGCCUAGGUCAAUCGCUACACAACGCUUGAAUUGUAGCGUAUACUGCACGGG